GAGAAAGUGGGGCUUCCCUACUCGGCUGGAUGUUGGGCUGCCCCGCUGUGAGUGCUGCAGAGCAACUGAUGAUAAUCCCUUGGCUUCUGUUUGAUCACCCCGGGUGCAGGGAGGUGCAGAAAGCCGUGAACACCGCCCAGGGGCUCUUCCAGAGGUGGACGGAGCUCUUGCAAGAUCCCUCCAUCGCCACAAGAGAAGAAAUCGACUGGACCACUAAUGAGCUCAGGAAUAACCUGCGGAGCAUCGAGUGGGACCUGGAAGACUUGGAUGAAACAAUUAGCAUCGUUGAGGCAAAUCCACGGAAAUUCAACCUCGAUGCGACGGAGCUGGGCAUCAGGAAAGCCUUCAUCACCAGCACGCGGCAGGUGGUCCGGGACAUGAAGGAUCAGAUGUCAAACUCCUCCGUGCAAGCACUGGCUGAGAGGAAAAACAGACAGGCACUCCUGGGAGAAAGCGGGAGUCAGAGUUGGAGCUCUGGACCUGACAAAUACAGCCGUCUGGACCGGGAGCUGCAAUUAGCAAAUUCACACUUCAUCGAGGAGCAGCAAGCUCAACAACAGUUGAUUGUAGAGCAGCAAGAUGAGCAGUUGGAGCUGGUCUCUGGCAGCAUCGGGGUGCUGAAGAACAUGUCCCAGCGCAUUGGCGGGGAGCUGGAGGAGCAAGCAGUGAUGCUGGAUGACUUCUCCCAUGAGUUGGACAGCACUCAGUCGCGGCUUGAUAACGUCAUGAAGAAGCUCGCCAAAGUCUCUCACAUGACGAGUGAUCGACGGCAGUGGUGUGCGAUUAUCAUCCUCUUCGUCAUCUUGCUGGUGGUGCUCAUCCUGUUUUUCGUCCUGUGAUGAACUGAACUUCCUCGGACGCCCCCUCCCCGCCCCCCUCACCCCUGUAACACGGGGAAAUGAAACUCUCACUGUUUCCGUCCGCCCACAGAGAUCCCCCAGGCAAGAAAACCCGCGGCCCAGCUCUCACCAUUCUCCUCUGAGGACUGUAGCUCGGCUCUGCCGGCAUCUCACCUGGUUCUGGGGAGAGGGGGUGGAGGACUGGAGCUACCUUCUCCCCCGGUGUGGUGCCAUCUGGACCUGGGCUCCAGGUCUGGACCUGGGCAGCUGGAAGGGGGACUUGUCCCCUGUGCUUCCACCCGGUGCAGGUAGGAUCUGGUCGCAGCGGUUCCAAGCCGCCCUGCAGUGGGAUGCGGACACAGAGCAGCGAGCCCUGGGGAGGAUGGGACUUUUGGGGGGGGUGUGGGGAGGAAAUUAAUUAACUCACUGAGCAUUACAAACCGCCUUGCCAGGCUGCGGGUGCUUGCCAGCCAAAAGCAUUACCAGGAGGAGCGGUGACGUGAAACCCCACGGUGAGGGAGAGGAGCUGAACUCCUCCUGCCCCACGCUGCCUUCCUCCCACCGCCACCUUCUUGCCACCCAGAUGCCAGGGUGAGCCUGCAGCAGAGCAUCCACAUCACCACCCCUUGGCAGAAGCUUACGUGCAGGUGAGCCAUAGGGUGAAGUGUCCUGUCCUCAGCACAAUUGGAAACCCCAGAGCUUUAAACUUGGUGUUGAUGGUCGCUGAGAGCUGGCAAACAACCAUUAGCCGGAGAGAGUCAGUUUCUUAAAGCUUUUAGGAUUGCCUCCUUCGUUAUACAAGCCUCUAAAGCUCAUUGACUGAUGCUUUCUUUGCCCUUGUAUAACCGAGUAACUGCUUCUGUUUAACAGCUGCUUCCAUUUGGCAAGUGAUUUGUCAGGUCUAAAAUAACUUAUUUUUUUUAAGAAAAAAAAAGAAAAAAACGAUGAGGAACUUUAAAGGAUUUUUUUGAUGACCAUUUGAGCCACAUUCUGUCUGCGAGUGCACAAGAGGCAUUGCCAGCGGAAUGGGGCUCAAUUAUGUAUCUUAAGUGCAUAUGAACUUGUAAAUAGGACGUCUUAAUUUUUCCCAACUGCUAUUUUUUAGACACCUCUGUUGUAAGCAACCGAAAGGCUGGAGAUUCAAAGCUAGAUCAUGUUUCUGUGUUGUUUCCCAGUCCUUUUGUUACCUUUGAGCUGUUUGUCACUGGAGUUGCCCUCAGCAGUGUCAGAUAGCCUCCUUGUCUCCCUCGUACAGUGAAUUAGGAGUUAGCCAGGUGGUCGAGACCAAAAAUGUGGUGAAGAGAGCUCCCCUGGCAGUAUUAACUGGGGAGAAAUGCAGACGGCGGGGGGUCUGUGCUGCAAACACCACUUGCAGAAUACGGGGUGACUCUUUAGGAAAGCAAAAAGUAUUUCUUAGCAAAGCCUGCUCCCGUAUUUGAGUUGCAAACACUGGAAAGACUGGGGACAGGCUGGCUUCCACCUCCCAUCUGGGUCUCAGAUGGGGCUGGGGGAGGAAGUUAAUUGGUGCUGACGCUAAGACUUCUGCUGAAAAUGCAUCAUCCCCCCCCCCCCGACGGCUUUACCUCCGGGAUGCUUAGCCCAGACUGAACACUCCUCCUUUCCUUUCAAACGGUUGUGUGACCCCCCCUUGCCCCCUCCCCAGCAGGCACCGGGCGCUGACAGCCGGCGGCACCGUGCCUUCCGCCGCCGGGCACCGACGGGGAGGGGGGGGGUGAGACCAAGCUCCCCCCCCCACCAACGCCUGGGCGGCCGCUCUCGUUAACGCACAUGUGCCCUUAGCACUAAUUAUUUCAGCAGUUGCUCUUUGUCCUGGCAGAGCACCUCGUUUCUUUUGGUUCUGCUGUGAGACGUACGAGGUGUCCCCCCCUUUCCUGUCGCAGUGUCUGCCCGGCUCCUUGGGCUUUAUACCUCUCCAAGAGCAGGUUUCCCGGGAGCACGAGUCUGAGCAGGGCUUUGCCCUUGGCUGGUAUUUGCACACCUCUGAUCCCCGCAGUAUUUUUGGCAUGGUCCAGCAUCCUCCGGGAAUGACUCCGUGCAGGACCGCUCCGUCGUUAGUCCGGCGUGCUUCCCGGAGGGUGGCCCAGCUGCUGGCAUCACCGCGAGCCACCAAACUGUCAUCUUCGGUCCCUUUUCCUGUGUACAUUUGCUUUUUUUUUCUGUUGUUAUUGGUGCCCCUCCCUUUGACACUAAAUAAAUGCAUUGCUGGUGCCCAGCGUGGCACAGCAGAGAUCACC